CCGCCACGGCUUAUAACAAAUAUGUCUAAAAGCACAAAGAACUGUAAUAAAAGCGGCAGUAAGGAUUCUGACAGCGAAGCAGGUUCUAACAGUGGCAACAAUAACACGUCCACAAGUUCCAGUGACUUUGAAACUAGCAGAAAACACAAAUUACGUCGCAGAUCAACUCAAAAUGUUUCAUAUCAUUAUAAAGCGCUGCCCAUGCGCGUAGUUGGCGAAAGUGCUGUUACACUGGCCCAAACUCCCAGCUCUUCUCGCGAUAUAACUCUAAGCUCAGCUCAAAUAAUUGAAGACAGUUCCGAUUCGGAGUUUCACAUUUCGAACGAUACCAGCAGCGAUGAGCCGGCCAACAAAUCCUUAACAUUUACGGCACGUCCAAUUGAGAAAUAUGAUUUGGAAUAUAUAAGAAAAUUACGUAAGCGCAGAAAGAAGCCGAGUAAAACAUUAUAUGAUUAAAUUUCAAAUAUCAACUGUUGACCAGGGCUGUCAAAAUCAAAUGCGAGGCUAUUACUCAACACUGGCAACGCAAGCCAGGGUUGGCUAGUGCGUUUUUGGAGUAGUGGUAAAUUUUUACGAGCAUAACUAUUUACACUGAUUUUAUGUAAAUAAAACAAACAAAACGUAGCAAAAUUAAGCGCAAAGUACUAUUCACCACCCAACACGAAACAACAAAAAACAAAACUUCGACUUGAACAACAACUGUGUUUUGGCAUUUUAAUCACAGCAAUUAAAAACAAAGCAGCUAAAAAACACGAA